CAUUUAACUUUCGAUUUCAACACAGACAUCAACAUGGCGUCUGUCUGUCUGUGGUGAGACUCGGUCGGUUUACCUGGACACACGACAGAAGUUCGCUCCAGCUGAACCUGUUCGACUGACGGCGGAGCGGUGACGUCACAGCCUCCGUCAGAUACAGCUGGUAGACUCCCGUCGUCGGUACCGGAGACUCGGCAGGGACUGGGUUCGAACAUGGAAGGAACCGGACCGGAGUGGCUGUCAGCAGAGGUGAAAACCGGAACGACCAUCAUCGCCAUCGAGUUUGAUGGAGGUGUGGUGCUGGGCUCAGACUCCAGGGUGUCGGCAGGGGACGCUGUGGUGAACAGGGUGAUGAACAAACUGUCCCCCCUCCACGACAGGAUCUUCUGUGCUCUGUCAGGAUCUGCGGCCGACGCCCAGACCAUCGCAGAGAUGGUCAACUACCAGCUGGACGUCCACAGCGUUGAGAUUGACGCGGACCCUAAAGUGCGCUCUGCUGCCACCCUGGUGAGGAACAUCUCCUACAGGUACAAGGAGGAACUGUCGGCUCAUCUCAUCGUGGCGGGCUGGGACAGACACGAGGGGGGGCAGGUGUACGCGACCCUCAACGGCCUCCUGACGCGGCAGCCGUUCGCCAUCGGCGGCUCUGGGAGCUUCUACGUUUACGGGUUUGUUGAUGCGGAGUAUCGUAAAGGGAUGAACAAGGAGGAGUCCCAGAAGUUUGUUCUUAACACUCUGUCGUUGGCAAUGAGUCGCGACGGCUCCAGUGGGGGCGUGGCCUACAUGGUCACCAUCGACGAACAGGGCGCAGAAGAGAAAGUCAUUCUGGGAAAUGACCUCAUGACCUUCUUUGACCAGUGAUCGCAUCGCAGUUCGUACUUCACCUGCAUCUGUAAUAAAAAAUAAAAAAAAUGUUUUGCUGACGUCA